GGUGGCGUCCGUAAUGAAAGCGCGAAUGUCGUGAUCACUCCUUUUUUUAAGGUUAUGUUGUUCAUACAUUUUCGUUGUUGUUUAUAAAUAUACGUUAAUGCUUUCGUCGAGAUUAUAUUAGCAACGUAUUAUUGGUUAAUCUCUCUCGAUCCAAAUACAAUAUUAUCAACAAGCAGCACAAAAUAAGUCAUCAAAAUGUCAGGCGGAAUGCUCUAUGGCGGGGAUGAAAUUGGUGCAUUGGUCUUCGACCUUGGCCAUCACUCGCUUAGGGUAGGCUAUGCCCAAGAAGACACGCCGAAAGCAGAAAUCCCUGCUGUAGUUGGCAUUGCUGAAGAUGGCAAUGGCACAGCAGCUAAAAUUGAACCAAUGGAUAUUGAUGACAAAAAAUCUGACAGUAAUAUAACACAAUCAAAAAACAAAUAUUACAUUGAUACUACUAUACUUCACGUGCCAAGACCAGGCAUGGAUGUCGUCAGUUACAUGAAGGAAGGCAUGAUCGAAGAUUGGGAUCAUUUCGAAAAGGUUUUGGAUUACACAUACUCCAAGGUCAUUCAAUCUGAUGCGGAAUACCAUCCUGUACUUUUUUCCGAAUCCCCAUGGAACAUUCGAACAAAACGUGAAAAGCUUACAGAGCUAAUGUUUGAAAAGUACAAUGUACCGGCAUACUUCCUUGUUAAAAAUGCAGUUUUAGCAGCAUUUGCAAACGGCCGAGCCACAGGAAUAGUGGUUGACAGUGGCGCAACACAUACUUCAGCUGUUCCAGUGCAAGACGGCUUUGUUCUCACUCAAGCAAUCGUAAAAUCGCCUCUGGGCGGUGACUACAUCAGCAUGCAAUGCAGACAAUUUUUGCAGGACAAUGAUAUCGAUCUAUCACCCUCAUACAUGGUUGGCAGCAAAGAAGUUGUUAAGGACCAUGAAAAACCGAAAUGGGUUAAGAAAAAAGGCAUUCCUGAGGUGACCAAGUCCUGGCACAAUUACAUGGUGAAGAAGCUUGUGCAGGAUUUCCAAGCCAGUUCGUUGCAAAUUUCAGAAACUCCAUAUGACGAAAAAGUCGUUUCAUCCGUGCCCGCUGUUCAGUACGAAUUUCCAACGGGUUAUCAUCAAGAUUUUGCGUCGGAAAGGUUUCGAAUACCAGAGGCAUUGUUUGAUCCGUCGAUGGUUCAGAUGCGGGGUGGGAUGGUCGGUAACACAAUGCUUGGCGUUGGUCACAUUGUCACAACGAGUGUUGGAAUGUGUGAUGUCGACGUUAGACCGGCGCUCUAUGGCAGCGUUGUUGUCACCGGUGGAAAUUCAUUUAUACAAGGAUUUCCAGAACGCCUGAACAGAGAUUUGUCAAUGAGAAUACCAUCGAGCAUGAGACUGAAAUUGAUAAGCGCGAACGGGUGUGCAGAGAGAAGAUUCGGUGCGUGGAUUGGCGGUUCGAUACUCGCUUCGAUUGGAACCUUUCAACAGAUGUGGAUUUCGAGCCAAGAAUAUGAAGAGAGUGGCAAGAGCCAAGUUGAAAGGAAGUGUCCUUGAUUCUUGUAAUAUUUUUAUAAAAACGGUCCUCGAUUAGAUUAGUCGUAGAAAAAAAUGAGAAAAACAUUCGAAAACGAACUCAAAAUGAGUCCAAUGGAUCUUCUUAAUUGUGCACACACGGAACGAAGAUAAAUCUGUGUUCCACGAAUAGAAAGAUCGAUUUUUCAUGCAAAACACGGAGAAGUUAUGCAUUUUCAUUGUUUCCAUUCUCAUUUUUCGAUAAUCAAUUUCUUUUCGCGAAACGACAUGUAUAUUUUUGCGGAUAUUUUAUGUUCUGUAACACCGGGUUUUGUACAAUAGACGGUGUGCAAAAAAAAACAAAUUAUCGAAGGUGUGCGUUUUUUUUUUUAUUCAACUGUUUUGUAUCUCAAGAAAAAUGAUCUCGAAGUGAAAAUAAACACGGUAAGUUUCGAAUAUCUUAUUGAGAAAGAAAGUGGUUUUCUACUGUAUUGAAAAAUUUGUAUACAUUGGUUCGCGAGUCAUUUUUCAGAUAACGUAGAAAAAAUAACGAGUCACAUUAUUUUUGACGAUGAUAUACAAGGUUUUCUAUCUGAAGUAUUCCAGUACAAUAAUCGUACGUGAAAUAGUAAUUAAGGCACGGAGAUUAUAAAAACAUAUAAUUGUUAUAAUAAAAAAAGCGUACAAUAUUUAUAUUAAUAUUAGAUUGUACUUGAGGCUCGGAUUAUUGAACAAUUAUCGAUUUUGCUCUCAUAAUAAAAAAUGACAUGGUGAAUAAAAAUGUUUUGGCGGUU